AUGGUAGAGCAACAACAGUAUAUUCCUGCAGGUUUACCACACACAGGUGACCUGGCAGGAUCCCACGACUUGUCUGAGGCCAGAUCCAUCGCGCCUGCAGGCACUUCAGCCUAUCCGGAAGUGGCCCCUUUCUCAGCAGUUUCCUCCUUCAACAUCCCUGCCCCGUGCGACUCUAGCCUUCUCACUCCCAUCUCCACGACAAGCUCUCCCCCACUGCACCAGAUCCGCAAAUUGGCACCGCAGUAUCCUCCUCCUCCGAGCACCCCUUAUACCCAAGUGCCAACCCCGCCUGGAAGCUCCAAGAUGUAUCACCAGCCGUGGAACAACCAGUUCGACAUGCACAACCAAAACGCGCCGAAUGGCUCGCCUAUGAAUAGCCAGGUGCCGGUGACAUCGGACUUCUACAUUCCUGAAGAUCGCCGCACGCCCAACCCGCCAACAGAGCCCUACUACGGGUCCUUCAGCGUGUCUGAAGGCCCGGAUACGCAGUCAAUGCACAACCAAGGACCGCCCUCAUACUACGUUCCCAUGGAGAUGGGCAACCAAAACUCCAUGAUGAUACGUGAACCUCGUCAUCUGCCCGUGGAACCGCACCCCCGUGACGUCUCCCACCCAGCAUCUCUGCUCGUGCAGUCUCACCCAUCACACUCUUACAACGUUCGACGGGCCAGCACAGAUGACCGCAGCUACACCAGUCGUGCCGACACCGUUCGACGCUCCUCCAGCGGCUCUCCUCGUCGACGCUCUGCAACUCAGGGCAGCACACGAGUGAAUAAGAAGUCGAGGUCGUCCAAGAGGGGCGGCGGUUCACUUCGCAGCCAGGCUGAUCCUAGCGAUGAGCACAAGAACUGCUAUGGCCAAGAAAUCCCUCCUCCCAUCAAAAAGGGGUGCCCCGAAGAGGAGCGCUGCAUCUUCGAGUCAAGGUGGAGGCAUCGCUCCCAGAGGGGACAGGACAUGUGGGACAGUAUCCAGGCCGACUUUGAGAAAAAGUUCAACAAGAAGCACGGCAAAGAAAUGCUCCAAAUGAAAUUCAAACGCGGUCGGUCCAAGUUCUAUGAUUGGCUUCCAGAAGAUUUAAGAAUACUACAAGCCGCUUUUAAGAGGGUCGAAAAGGAGAGAUAUCAAAUCAUCCUUGACCGCUUCCAUGAGAUGGGUGGCUCCCGGAACAUGCUGCUGAGCGCGAGCGACAUUGAGAUUAAGAUUGUCAACGAUCUGAAAUGGGAAGAGGCCAUAUACAUUGAUGGCCUUGACGAUUGCAUCCGUCGCCGCCGCAAAACCAUUGUCAAGAAACGGUCAACUGGCCGAGGAGAACCGGGUGGUGACGUUCCUGUGAGCGACGACAUGCUGCGAAUUUCCCAGACGCCCCACAACGAGGACGACGUGAUUAAUCAAGUAUACGGACGACAAGAUCGCUGGGAUGAAGACAUGUCCUCUGUAAACGGCGAAAUGAUGGACUCAACAAACCUGUGGGAGAACCGGGCUCCCAUGAAGAUUGAGCCAGACACAGAGCACAUGGCGCGGGUGCACAGCAACACAAACGGCCACCCCAUUGGGAUCCGACCAGUGCCAGUGUACCAUCCAGCCCCAAAGGCACCUUGA